AUGACUCAAAUAAAUGCUAUUGUAAAUGCUUGUAUCAAUCAAUAUUUAUCUAUUAAAAAGGGUAAACCCUUAACUAAUGAGUGGACAGUUAUAUCAGCAAUUGUUGGAGUAAUUGAAGGCACCAAAAUUGAAAUUUUAUCUCUUGGAACUGGUUCAAAGUGCAUAGGAAAAAGUUCAAUGAGUCCUAAAGGAAAUGUUUUGAAUGAUUCACAUGCUGAAGUUAUUGCUAGGCGUGCCUUUUUAAAAUACUUAUAUAACGAAAUUAUUAAUUUUAAUAAAACUAAUUUUUCAAAAAUUUUGCACAAAGAAAAUUCUUAUUUUCAAAUAAAAAAUUCAGUUAAAUUUUAUUUUGUAACAAGUAUGUCACCAUGUGGAGAUGCAUCAAUCAUGCCGAAAAAAGAUUUAAAUGCAGAGGAGUGUUUAAUUAAUAAUUUAAAUGUUGAACAAGACAAUCCUCUUAAAAGAAAACUAUUAAUUGAUGAUGAGCCGAUAAAAAAGAAAAAGUUUGAGGAUGUAGGAAAUGAAGUCACUUCUAACGAUGAAUCAUUCAAUUCGGACUUAGAUAAAAUAGAAGAUAUUCACAGAACAGGAGCUAAGUGCCUUCCUGAUUCGAUAAUUCAAGAUCCAUAUUUGCCUGGUGUGAAUUAUCAUUGUAUAGGAGCUGUAAGAACGAAACCAGGUCGUGGAGAUCCUACACUUAGUUUAUCUUGUUCUGACAAAAUUGCAAAAUGGAAUGCAAUCGGUUGGCAAGGAGCUUUAUUAAGUUUUUUCAUACCAAACCCUAUCACUAUGGAAGGCAUAAUUUGUGGAGGAGGAUGUCCAUAUUCGAAACAAUCCUUUCACAGAGCGGUGAAUGAAAGAGUUUUUCAAAAUGUACCUAUUUAUCAAAGUGAAGUAAAUUUUCCAGAUAUUAAAAUUGUUAGUAAAAAACCAUGUUCAUUGAGUAUAAUUUGGUGUAAAACAUCUGCUACAAAUUUAGAAGUGUCCGUUAACGGUUAUAAACAAGGAGUUACAAAAAAAAAUUUGAAUAAAAAAGAAGGAAGGACUUCGAUAUGUAAAAAAGAAUUGUUUUUGCUGUUCGAAGAAACUUUUAAAUCAUUUCCUGAAAAUGACAUUAUUACAAAAAAUAUUUUUAAUGAAAAUAAAUUUCAACGUUCGAUUACUUAUUAUCAGUUAAAAAUGGCUGCCCGAAAUUAUCAAGACAAAUGGUCCAAAAUUAAAAAUAAUUAUUUUAAAAUAUGGAGUAAAAACCAGAUAAUUUAUUAG